AUGUUGCCGGUAAUCUGCCUUCAGCCUCGUCUGCCGGGCCAGGCCCAGGCCCUGCUUCUGCUUUUCUUGCUCCUCGCUCUCCAAACUGUCCUUGCUGUCUCCCAGGAACCGCAGAACAACUUUUGCCGGAGAUUCUCCCACCAGUCGACCGUGAUUGACGACCGACUAUACAUUGACGGCGGAUACGUCAAUUACAAGAAGGACGAUAAAGCCUACGUAGCGACAGCGAACGAACCUAAUAUCUGGCUCGGGUAUCAUGACCUCAACAACUUUGGAACAGAUGGCCUACUCAACCCCCAGCUUCACAUAAACCUGGACAAAAACAAGACUAUGCCCACCGUCGCCAGCGGAAUCUUAUGGCCCGACAGCAUCAACAAGCGGUUCUAUCUCUACGGCGGUAACUGGAUAUCGCCACAGCGCGCCAACGCCUUCACCCUCACAGGCUAUGACAUCAUCAACGACCGGUGGGAUGACUUUGGUCCCUCUAAUAUUAAGCUCAACGUCACCGCCCUCGGUGCCGGUGUUGGCGUAUCGCAGACUGGCAAGGGUUACUACUACGGAGGCUGGGCCAGCGACAAGUCGAUGGAUGGGGGACCCAAAGACGCAGCAAUGGUCUCGGACUUUUACGAGUACAGCUACGACAACAACACGUUCAAGGCGCUGAAAGGCAUUGACGACCGCCCGAGAGCCGAAGGGGGGAUGGUAUGGAUACCGACUGGCGACUGGGCAGGCGUGUUGGUGUACAUGGGAGGCAUUGUCGGUGACGGCGAUAACAAAACCUCCCCGCAGCCCUUGGAUGAGAUAUUCCUGUACGAUGCUACGAUGGGGGUAUGGUACAAACAGAAGGCGGAAGGGCAAGUUCCUCAAAAUCGAGGACAGUUCUGCGCCGACGUCGCCUGGGCACCCGAUAAUUCAAGCUACAACAUUUAUCUCUGGGGAGGAAAGGCCGAAUACCCCCCUGUGACGAACGCUUCAGCGUACAGCGAUGUCUACGUUCUCUCAAUGCCCUAUUUCAAGUGGUUCAAAGCCGACCCCGACAUUACCAUCGCCCCGGCCAACCGUACAGGCUCGAGGGGGCGCUUCGGCUCCACAUGUAACAUGGUCAAUAACCUGUCAAACAUGUUCAUUAUCGGUGGCAACUACCCAAACGAGAGUAACGUUGAGUGCGAGCCCGCGUGGGGAGUGCACGGCUUUUGGGCAGGGACGGCGAACAACACGGGUAAUAAUCCGCAGUGGUGGGGGUUCCAGAACAAAGACACCUCCAGCAAUGUCGUUCCCUCGCUGGUCUACAGUGCCAUUGGAGGUGACAAGAAUGGUGGCGCGGUAAUCAAAGCGCCCAAGGAUGGCUUCAGCGCAGAGAAUAGGCCGCUCACCAACCUAUUCAGUCUUACCUGGGUAUCACCAAACCGCCAGCCGUCCCGCGACGUUGGCGGCGCGGCUCCAUCGAGACUCAGCACAGGGGCUAUCGUCGGCAUCGCCAUUGGCGGUGCCGUGGCCCUGGCCAUCAUGCUCUUCGCCUGGUGGCAGCUAGGGAAGAGGGUCCUGCGACGCCGGGAGGAGAGGCACCAGGCGCAGGUGACGCAGGAGGCCCAGCAGAUGAACCAGAUGCAGCAGGAUGAGCUGCAAAAGCAGCAGUCGCAGCACAUGUACCAGGAUCGCUACUUCCAUUCCGGGCAGUCUCACUACUCGUCCUACUUUGGCGGCGGCAGUGUGGGCACCGUUACCACGCCGCCGUUGAACGACUCGCAUUGGGGGUCGCUGCCUGUGCCUGGGAGUACUGAUCAGCAACUCUCGGCAGAUGUCACAGAACUUCCUGGUUCGGACGGUAAUGCCAUCUUAGAGCAUAAACCUUCUGUGUCUCCAGUCAGUCCCCGUAUGUAG